GGCUGGAAGCUUAGGACAUUCUUGCUGUCCUAGAGUGGAGGAGGUCUGGGAGAUCUUGGAGGAGAAGGGGAGGUCGGGCAGGCGGGGGGGCGUGUGUUCCUCCGGAGUUUUCUUUUUCUCGCUAGCCCUUGCACGCGCACGCGCGCGCACAGAAGUCAUCCCUGUGGACUGGCGAUUGUGGACUGGAGGUGGAGAGGCUCCAUCCCAGCUGGUGGCCGGAGGCUGGCUGCCUGGGAGACCUCCCCACCGAAGCGGUUCCCAGGAAGUUUUGCAAAGUAGAUGCAACAGUGCAGCCGGGGCCGCCGCCGUGCAGGAGCCCGGGACCCACGCCACCCACGCUACCCACUCUCGCCGGCUCCGCUUCCUCUGGUCCAGGCGCCGUGCGCGGACCAGGCAACCGUCUGCGCCCGCCUAGCUCCACGGCAGAAAAAAAAGUGAGUGUGUGAAAGCAGCACAAUAAGAGGCAUUUCCUCAGAUUUGCAUCAAGAUGGAAACGUUUUGCUUCAGGGUGUCCUUUUGGGUGGCGCUGGUUGGAUGUGUGAUUAGCGGUCAUUCUGAGAGCUACAAUGCAAAUCUGAGCACUCAUGCGGAAGAUGUUACCACUUUUCACGGGACAGAGCUCAGCUUCCCGGUGACCACGCAUCGACCCUCCAAGCUGGCCCUACCCAGCAAUGGCUCGAUGCCCAACUACUGCCCACAGCAGACAAAGAUUACUUCAGCUUUCAAGUACAUUACCACCGUGAUAUCUUGUACUAUUUUCAUCGUGGGAAUGGUGGGGAAUGCAACUCUGCUCAGGAUCAUUUACCAGAACAAGUGUAUGAGGAAUGGCCCCAACGCGCUGAUAGCCAGCCUCGCCCUCGGAGACCUUAUCUAUGUGGUCAUUGAUCUCCCCAUCAAUGUAUUUAAGCUGCUGGCUGGGCGCUGGCCUUUUGAUCACAACGACUUUGGCAUAUUUCUGUGCAAGCUGUUCCCCUUCUUGCAGAAGUCCUCGGUGGGGAUCACCGUCCUCAAUCUCUGUGCUCUCAGCGUUGACAGGUACAGAGCUGUUGCCUCCUGGAGUCGUGUUCAGGGGAUUGGGAUUCCCUUGGUCACUGCCAUUGAGAUCGUCUCCAUCUGGAUCCUCUCUUUCAUCCUGGCCAUCCCCGAAGCCAUCGGCUUCGUCAUGGUGCCCUUUGAAUACAGGGGUGAGCAGCACAAAACCUGUAUGCUCAAUGCCACGUCGAAGUUCAUGCAGUUCUACCAAGAUGUGAAGGACUGGUGGCUCUUCGGCUUCUAUUUCUGCAUGCCCCUGGUGUGCACCGCCAUCUUCUACACCCUCAUGACUUGUGAGAUGCUAAACAGGAGGAACGGCAGCCUGAGGAUCGCCCUCAGUGAACAUCUUAAACAGCGUCGAGAAGUGGCAAAAACAGUUUUCUGCUUGGUCGUAAUUUUUGCACUUUGCUGGUUCCCUCUUCAUUUAAGCCGCAUUUUGAAGAAAACUGUGUAUAAUGCGAUGGACAAGAACCGGUGCGAAUUACUGAGUUUCUUGCUGCUCAUGGAUUACAUCGGUAUUAACUUGGCAACUAUGAAUUCAUGUAUAAACCCGAUAGCUCUAUAUUUUGUGAGCAAGAAAUUUAAAAAUUGUUUUCAGUCUUGCCUCUGCUGCUGCUGUCACCAGUCCAAAAGCCUGAUGACCUCGGUCCCCAUGAAUGGAACUAGCAUCCAGUGGAAGAACCAUGAACAGAACAACCACAACACAGAUAGGAGCAGCCACAAGGACAGCGUAAACUAAACAUCUUCAGAACCAUUGAUCAAUAUUCCUUCGAAUCCUGUUGGAGAAAAAAAAAUCACACCGCAACUAUGUCUCCGGAAGUCUCUUCUCACGUGGCUCAGUCCCACCCCUGGAAAAUGCUUUCCAAAGCGUCAGAGAGUGGAUUGGUUUAUACCCACAAACUCACUGAAUCUGACUUCUUUGAUUUAUCUUAUUCACAUAUUCUGCCUGUUAUAUUCAGCACUAAAAAAUGGUGAGGGUUGGCAGGAGAAAGGGAGACUGUCCAAUGAAACCAGAAGGAUAUUUACUACUUUUGCAUGAAAAUAGUUUUCAAGUGCAUGACUAGCUUUCACGGCCGUUCUGCCCAACGUUCAGUGGGAACCGGUCACCAUGAAAGUUUGGAGAUGACGAAAUAGAGAUAUUUUUUAAGUGUUUUGUUUUGUUUUGUUGCCAAACACAGUAUGGACUUAAGUCACCUUUAUUUGAGAUGUUAUUCUGUGCCAGUAUUUUUAAGCUCAUAGUAGUUUAAAAAUAAUUAUUUGAGCCUAUUUAUACAUAUUUUGCAAAAAAAGCAAGUAAAACAGAAUUUAGGUGAUUAGGUUAAUAUUUCUCAUGUCACUGUUUUUUUCUCAACACACAUUCUCAAGCUGCGACAAAUGCAGGCACUAAAGCACAAACUUGUGACCACACGUGGCAGUUCAAUCACUGCUAUUCGAAGGAUUUUUAAGAACUUAGUUUUUUAGUGGUUUUUCAGUACAGGAGACCUGAACAUAGUUUUAUGUUAACUUUUAAAAGUAAUGUUCCAGUCAAAUAGUUCUAUUUUUCAUAAGCCAAAUCAUUUUUAUGUCCUUUUGGUAAAACCAAUAACAUACCAAAAUAUAAGUGUGCAUGUCAUUGAACUAUAGCCAAGACUUUCAGUGCGAUGCAUGGAAGUCUAAAGUACACCUAGCAGACAAGGACUGAGUAUUUUUAGAAGAUUUGGAAAUUUUCAUUGAGGUUUUUUUGUAAUAGUAACAUGUAUAUAUAUGUAUAUACAUAUCUAUGUACAUAUAUACACGUGUGUAUAUACAUAUAUACAUAUAUAUAGUAUACAUAUCACCUCAUAUUCCUUUGAUUUGUCUUCAAUGCUAACUGGCAGUAAGACUGUUUUGGCCAUUCCACUGUCCAUAUAGGAAACAUACUUUCCAAGUGGCUGAGUUGAUCAUGUCACUGAAAUGUAAUUGCCCCAAAGGCCAUCACUAGCUCCUCACUUCUCCGGGCUUCCAGUGUGAACUGCAACCCCUCCCCUACUCCUAGUCCUCACACGGUCACCAUUUCAAAGGGCCCGCAGUGACUUCUGCUGGGCAUUUCCCAAGAUGUUUACAGACUGUGAGUAUAGCAGAAAAUCUUUUACUGUGUGUACAUAAAUAUAUAUAUAUAUAUACAACUAUACAUUUCUUUUAGCGAGUUGUUCUGUUACUAUCUCUGUGGAGCAUAUUCAUGUGUGUGGUAUCUGCAUGUGUGCGAUGGGAUGUGUGGACUCCUGCAACCUAACAACAGUGCCCUGCCCUGGUGCCACAGCGCACGCUCUGAGUGGCGUCCGGGUGGUCAUUCAUCAUGACGAUUGGCCUCAGCCAGUUUCAGUCUGUGUGUUCGUAAACCUUGUGACUACGCCACUCUCACAAAUGGAAUACGGGAGGCAGCAGGAGAGGGGACGAGCCAUCAGUUAACGGUAGGGUUUUGUUGGUUGGUCAGUUUGAUAAGACAGUAUUUGGGGUUGUAUAUGUUCCUGUGCUAGAGCAAAAGUCAUUAAACUUGUAAGUACUGUCCUAGCCCUCAAUCCAGCCUGGUGAUGAGGGCGUCAGGUGGUCAGCUGUUCAGAGCAGACUUCACCAAACACAUUACCAAUGACGAACUAGCUAAGAAUUUGCUGGGCUACAUUAUGGCACAGUCAUGUACAGAAUGUCACCAUCAGCUUCCAGUGGGUCCAGUUGCAGGGCUCCUUAUGUGUAAAUAGUCAGUUCCAUCACUCCGCUGGCGCAUCACAUGCAGUGAGUGCUACAUGCACUCCUAAGUUCUCACUGUUUUGUUAACACAAUUGUCUUUUUGUUUAAGAUGCUUUGUCUCUUGCCUAUGAAGAAUGCAUUUUUUAAGUUCAGAAAGUCAUAGAUUUCUGAAUAACCACACAGGCUUCAAUGUACAUUGUGUUUAUGGACUGGUAAGUAAUCAUGGUUUACUAGUAGGAAUAUUUCUGAUUUCUACUUUUAUCACAUCUUUCCAAGUAAAUCUGUAGAAAUGAGCCAAAAGCCAAGGCCCUGCAUUGGCAGUGGCCUGAAAGUAUAAAAUAAAGUUUACAGAAAACUUG